GCGAGGGCGGAAGAUGAGGCGAGGGCGGCCGAGGAGGCGAGGGCAGCCGAGGAGGAGACGGCGGCGAGGGAGGCGGAGGCGGCGGCAGCACGGGCGGCAGCAGAGGCAGCCGCUGCAGAGAAGGCCCGUCUAGAGGCAGCGGCCGCCGAGGCUGCACGCGCCGAGACGGAGCGGCGGCAGCUCGAGGAGGCAGCGGCGGCCCGAGUCAAGGCUGAGGAGGAGGAGGCGGCGGCGGCUGCGGAAGCGGAGAGGGCGGCGGAGAGGCGGCGGCUCGAGGCGCAGGAGGCGGCAAGAGCGCUGGCCGCGAGGGAGGCGGAGGAGGAGGCAGCAGCAAGGGCGGAGCGUGAGAGGCGUCUGGCGGCAGCGAAGGCUGCGGAGGAGGCGAGGGCGGCAGAGGAGGCGAGGGCGGCAGAGGAGGCGAAGGCCGCGGAGGAGGCAGCGUGGAGGGCAGAGCAGGAGGCGAGAGCAGCGGAGGCCGCGGCGGCUGUGCGAGCCGAGGAGGAGGAGGCGGCGGCGACGGAGCUGGCGGAGGCGGAAGCUGCGCUCCUGCUGCAGGGUGCGGCACGCGGGGUGCAGGCACGCAACGAGGCGACCCGCCGGCGUGCGCAAAAGGCUCGCGACGACGCGGAGCGCCGCAUGAAAUCCGCAAAGGCCCGGCUCGCCGCGCAGCAGGCCGCGAUAGCGGCGGGUCGCACGGCGGGGCGCGCAACGACCGACGCGCGGUCGGCGCCGGCAACCGACCCUGGCCCGCCGCGCCACGCGCCUCAUCAGGCCGGCGAGGCGGCCGUGGCUACGCCGGCGGCCCGCGCGACCGCAGCGCGGCUGUCGCGGGGCGAUGGUGCGGCGGCGGGCAGUGCAGUGGAGCUUGGGUCGGACGUGAGCGCGGAGGCCGCCUCGACGCAGCUGCAGGCCAGCGAGGUGGCCGCACGCGAGAGGCAGGCCGAGCGAGAGAGGCAGGCCACCGAGUCGGCGGUGGCGGUCGCGGUGGCGAGCGCGGCCGCCGAGCAGCUGGCGGAUGCGUCGGGCGCGGAGACGGUGGAGGCGGCGUCCGAUCUGCCUCCGAGCCGGCAAGACGUGGCUUUGGCCGGCGGUGGCGGUUCGGGCAAGGCGCUGGCUGCCGCGAGUGCCGUGGUGAUGCAGCGAGCGUGGCGCGGCUACCGCGUGAGGCUGGUGGUGUGGCGCGAGCUCAUUGCCUCGGGGACGCAGAAGAAGGUGACGCGGCGCGGCGGCUUUCUCGGCAUCUCCAAGGGCAAGGAGAAGGAGCGCGGGCUCCUGCUUCACGACGACUGCCUCGCCUACACGCAAAAGGGCAAAAAGUCGCGCCGCAUCCCGCUCGCUCACAUCGCCGCCGUCGAGACGCUCAACGAGCCGCACCGCUGGGCGCUCCGCAUGCGCGUCGGCGAUGACUACGAGUUCAGCGCGAGCUCGCCGCUCUGCCGGGCCGCAUGGGUGGGGUGUGUGCGCAGCAACAUGCGGGAGCAUAGCUGGCGCAGGUGCGGCACCACCCUCUCGUCGCUGCCGCCGCACGUCGCCGCGCUCGCGGACGCGCCCUCUUCUGCUCGCUCGGAGGUGUCCUCGCUCCCGUCGCUCCCCUCGUCGAUUUCGGACUCGAGUUGGGGCGGUGCGGGGACACCGCGUUCGGAGGCCGAGGGGCUGCCGUCGCCGCCGCGCGAGGAGAAGCAGAAAAAGGUGGUACUCCUGCCGCGCGCCGAAGCUGGCGUCGACACGGCAACGGCGGUCGGCCCCCAAGCGGCAGCCGAGGCGAUCUUCGGCGACGUUGCGCUGGCGAUUCAAGCGCCGAUGCACGUCGGCACCAACAACUUUGGCUUCCGUGGCGGCGUGCCCAUCACCAACCUCGACGUACGCCCGCCGCACGUGGACACGAUCGCCAACGUGUUCGGCGUCGACGAGGCGCCCGACUACUUUCUGCUGUGCUCACGCGUCACCUCGUCCGACGGCGGCGGCGCGAGCUACCUCACCGAUAUCCCGGCCGCCAUCCAGCGAAUGCCUGAGCCGCAUCGCACGCGGCUGCCCUCACUCGAGAUCGUGCAGACCAUCAAGCUCAUCGCCGGCUUCGACGAGCUGGCGACCAACCGUUCCAAUGCGACGCAGGGUCAGAGCACGGCCGCGGGCCAGGCGCUGAGCGCCGCGAGCGUACUGCAUCGCGUCGAGCGCAUGGUGCUUCCCAAUACACGCGACGCGCACCACGCGUGCUUCCGCUACUCCUCGUGGGCGGACUCGCUGCUCAGCGACGACGGCGCGGCUGCAGACGACGAGAACGCGCCCAUCCGCCCCACGCCCUCAUCCGCAGAUCCACGCUUGGACAUGCAGACGGUAGCCGCAUACCUGCGCGCCGUGAAUGCAGAGACGGACGAGGCUGCACGCUUCCUUCUGCAGCCCGGCGACUGCGCGGUGAUCGACAACUACCGCGCCGCCCAUGGGCGGGAGCCCUACGGAGACCUGGGCCGCGCACUGUGGCAGGUGUGGGUCUGGAGCAACGCCUCACUCGCUGUGCCCGACAACCCGGGACCGUCGCGUCGCUGGGUGCGCCACCCGCGUGUGCCGACGCCGCAAAAUGACGCGGACGGGCCGGAUGGUUCCGCUCAGCAAGCCAAGGCAUCGCCAGCAUCGCCAGCAUCGCCGGAGGCAUCGCCGCUGGAGGUGUGCCAGGCCGAGGAGAGAACCGACGCGCCGACGGCUCGUGGCAGAGGCGCGCUGGUGCCGCCCACCGUGGACCUCUCGCCCUUUAUGGCGGAUGAGGGCGUGGUCCUCGAUGGCGCCGAUCCCACAGCCGCACAGAUGGACGCGGCGAAGGCGAUCCACGAGAGCUAUACCUCGCACGGCUUCCUGCAUGUGCUCAACUUUGGGCUGGAUGAGUCGCUUCUGCGCCGCGCCUUUGACGUGUCUUCCCGCCUCUUUGCCAUGCCGACGGAAGUCAAGAUGACGAGCCUUGCGCGCAUCUCGCCGGCCUCGAAUGUGGGUUACGCGCCGCUUGCCCUCGAGAAGGCCAAUCACUCCCGCCCGCCCGACCUGCGCGAGAUGUUUAACGUGCGCAACCCGCGCGAGCACACCAACCGCUUUGAUGGCACACCGGAGGGCACCGAGGCCGUCGCGCUCGAGCUGUGGCGCGUGCUGGAGAGGGCCGCACGGCGCUUCAGCCUCGCCCUCGCUCUCGCCCUAGGGCUCGAGCGGGACUACUUUACGCGAUCGAUGGACAAGAUGGACCUGUGCGCAUGCCGCUUCAACCACUAUCCGCCGAUACCAAACGGCGAACCGUCGCGUCCGCGCGAGCCGGGACCGCUGCGGAUUGGCGAGCAUACCGACUUUGCCGCCUUCACCUUCCUACUGCUCGAGCCCUCGCACGGUGCUCUCGGUCUUCAGGUGCGGCCCGGCAGCGUAGCGAGCGACGUGGGACCGUACGGCGACGGCUGGGUGGAUGUGGUGGUGCCGCCGUCGCCGCCGGCAUCUGUCGGCGCGAUCGUGAACGCUGGCCAGCAGCUUCCGUACUGGACCAAUGACCUGUGGAAGGCGACGAGCCAUCGCGUCGUGGCGGCGGACGCGGAGGCCGCGAGAGCCGACCGUUACUCGAUUGCGUGCUUCUACGACGCUGAUAAGGCCGCGCCGGUGAACGUCGACCCGCGCUUCGUGCCCGAGGGCGAGCAGCCGCACUACCCGCCAACCACGGGCCUCGAGUACUUGCUGCGCAAGCUCGCGCGCGCGCAGGGCGCCACCGCGGAGCUGGGAGGCAGGAGGGAGGUCUACGACCACGACAUUGCCGUGAGGCGUGACCCGGCCAGCCGGCCGCCGAAGGAGGCAUGA